ACUUGGGGAGUGAGGUAGGCAGGCUUCCUCAAAGACAGGAAGUUAGGACUACGGAGCUCUGGUGCAGAGCUCAGACUACACAUUCACAAGCCACUUAAGAGAGCGGGCCGGUGCCAUGGGUAUUGGGCAGAAGUUGGCCUUUGUGUUGUUGCUGUUGCUUCUUCUGGUGGGCCUUAGGAAAUCCCUAUGGACAGCAGCUGCGGGCCUGGCCCUUCGUUGGUUGCUGGGAGACACCAUGUGUUUCGUGCUGCUCAGCCUGGCAGUGCUGGCGAAGCCCUGGAUCAGUUCCUGGAUGCCUCACUGGCUGAACCUGGUGGCUGCAGCCCUCACAUUAACCCUGUUGCCUCCACGGCCACCCCCAGGGCUUCGUUGGCUACACAAAGAUGUGGCCUAUUUAUUCAAGAUCGUUGUCUUUGGCCUGAAAGUCAGAAGACAACUGAAACAGCAGACCCCGGAAACCUUUGUGGAUAUCUUUGUGCGACAAGCACGAGCUCGGCCAGACAAGGUGGUCUUGGUGUGCACAGGGCCAGAGGCCUGCUCAAUCACUGCUGGGGAGCUGGAUACUCGGUCCUGUCAGGCAGCAUGGGCACUGAAGCCUGAACUGGACGGCAUCACAAGCCAGCAGGGCAGAGAAACUGCUGCUCUCUUGGUACUGCCCUCCAAAACUAUUGCUGCUUUGAGUUUGCUUCUGGGACUGGCAAAACUGGGCUGCCCUGUGGCUUGGAUCAACCCAAAUGGCCGAGGGAUGCCCCUAGUACACACUGUGGUGAGCUCGGGGGCACGUGUGCUGGUGGUGGACCCAGAUCUACAGGAGAGUCUAGAAGAAGUCCUUCCCAAGCUGCUAGCUGAGAACAUCCGCUGCUUCUACAUCGGCCACUCCUCACCCACACCAGGUGUGGAGGCUCUGGGGGCCGCCCUGGAUGCUGCACCCUCGGACCCGGUGCCUGCCAGCAUUCGAGGCACAGUCCAGUGGAAAAGUCCUGCCUUGUUCAUCUUCACCUCAGGAACCACCGGGCUCCCCAAACCAGCCAUUCUCUCACAUGAACGAGUCUUGCAGAUGACCAAGAUGCUGUCCUUCUGUGAGGCCAAAGCUGAUGAUGUGAUCUAUUGUGUCCUGCCUUUGUACCACACGAUGGGACUUGUCCUUGGGGUCCUUGGCUCCUUAGAGCUUGGAGCCACCUGUGUCCUGGCCCCCAAAUUCUCUGCUUCCCGCUUCUGGGCUGACUGUCGGCAGCAUGGUGUGACAAUUAUCCUGUACGUGGGUGAGGUCCUACGGUACCUGUGUAAUAUUACCCAGCAAUCAGACGAUAAGACACAUACAGUCCGCUUGGCAGUGGGCAACGGACUUCGGAGCGACGUGUGGGAAACCUUCCAGCAACGCUUUGGCCCUGUUCGCAUCUGGGAAGUCUAUGGCUCCACAGAAGGCAACAUGGGCUUUGCCAAUUAUGCAGGGCGCUGCGGUGCGGUGGGCAAGACGAACUGCAUUCUUCGAAUGCUGUUUCCCUUCGAGCUUGUACAGUUUGAUGUAGACACAGCACAGCCCGUGAGGGACAAGCGAGGUUUCUGCAUCCCUGUGGGGCCAGGGGAGGCAGGUCUCUUGUUGACCCAGGUACAAAAGCACCAUCCCUUCCUGGGCUAUCGUGGUCCCCGGGAACAGUCCAAACGGAAACUGGUGUCAGAUGUGCGGCGCUUAGGAGACCUCUACUUUAAUACCGGGGACGUGCUGGCCCUGGACGAGGAAGGCUUCUUCUACUUCCGGGACCGCCUGGGAGACACCUUCCGGUGGAAAGGCGAAAAUGUGUCCACACGGGAGGUGGAGGGAGUAUUAUCACUGGUGGACUUCCUACAGGACGUGAAUGUCUACGGUGUGCCUGUGCCAGGGUGUGAGGGUAAGAUGGGCAUGGCUUCUGUGAAGCUGGCUCCUGGGCAGAGUUUCAAUGGGCAGAAGCUAUUCCACCACCUCUGCUCCUGGCUCCCUGCCUACGCCAUACCCCAUUUCAUCCGUGUCCAGGACUCCCUGGAGAUCACCGGCACGUUCAAACUGGUGAAGUCCCAACUGGCUCGUGAAGGCUUUGAUGUAGGAAUCAUCACUGAUCCCUUGUACAUACUGGACAACAAAGCCCAGACCUUCCAGACUCUAACGCCGGAUGUGUACCAGUCUGUGUGCGAGGGAACCUGGAAGCUCUGACCAUCCAGCCAACCCAAAGGACAUCUGGAAGUGUGAGGAUCCAGGCUGGCCACUGCCCUCGCUCUGGGUCACCUCCCAACCUCAUCAAAGUUGCCAGGAUCCCAGAUGCACAGGGCCCUGUAGCUCCAUGAAAAUAAACCUGAAUAUGUAUGCAGA